AUGACCUCCAAUUUCCGGCGACUCCCACCACUCUCCGGCGACUCCAUUUCCGGCGACUCUCCUCCCUCUGGUCAAUCCGGCGUGUCUCCUCAAAUACUCUCCACCUCCGGCGACUCCUUGCAAUCCGGCGACUCCCUCCGAGACUUUCCACCUCCGGCGACUUCCUCCACUCCUCCCGACUUCCUCCAUUCCUCACU